AUGAAGCACGCGGCGGCUCUGCUGCUGAUACUAGCAGCAGCUGCUCAUGUGCUGCUGCCUUGGGCGCAAUGCCACCGGCUCAACCCGGAGAUCCACGACGCCGGCGGGCUGAGCCGGCAGGGCUUCCCGGAGGGGUUCGUGUUCGGGACGGCCGCGUCGGCGUACCAGGUGGAGGGGAUGGCGGAGCAGGGAGGGCGAGGGCCAAGCAUCUGGGACGCCUUCAUCAAGAUACCAGGGACGAUCGCCGGCAACGGCACCGCCGAUGUGGCCGUCGACGAGUACCAUAGAUACAAGGAGGAUGUGGACAUAAUGAAGAACAUGGGCUUCGACGCGUACCGGUUUUCCAUCUCUUGGUCGAGGAUUUUCCCAGAUGGGACUGGGAAGGUGAAUUGGGAAGGAGUGGGUUACUACAACAGGCUCAUAGAUUACAUGCUUCAGCAAGGCAUCACUCCAUAUGCAAACCUCUAUCACUAUGACCUCCCACUGGCACUCCAUCAGCAGUACCUUGGCUGGCUAAGCCCAAGGAUAGUGGGCGCGUUUGCAGACUAUGCCGAUUUCUGUUUCAAGGUGUUCGGAGACAGGGUGAAGAAUUGGUUUACCUUCAAUGAGCCGAGGUGCGUCGCAGCUCUCGGCUAUGACAAUGGCCUCCAUGCACCGGGGAGGUGUUCUCAGUGCUCUGCAGGAGGUGACUCCACGAUAGAGCCGUACCUUGCCGCGCACCAUCUCAUACUUUCACAUGCUGCGGCGGUGCGGCGAUACCGUGACAAGUAUCAGCAUCACCAAAAGGGGAGGAUUGGAAUUCUCUUGGAUUUUGUAUGGUACGAACCUUUGAGCAACAACAAUGCUGAUCAAGCUGCAGCACAGAGGGCAAGAGACUUCCACCUUGGAUGGUUCCUUGAUCCCAUCAUCCAUGGUCGCUACCCGUUCACGAUGCUCGAGAUUGUCAAGGAUAGGUUGCCACGCUUCAGUGCCGGCGAGUCCACGAUGGUUAAAGGAUCCAUUGACUAUGUUGGUAUCAACCAAUACACUUCUUUCUACAUGAAGGACAAUGGGACUUGGAACCUCACGCCUAUCAGUUACCAAGAUGAUUGGCAUGUUGAAUUUGUCUAUGAACGAGAUGGCGUGCCUAUUGGAGCUCAUGCAAACUCCUACUGGCUUUAUAUUGUACCAUGGGGAAUCAACAAGGCUGUGACCUAUGUUAAAGAAAGAUAUGGAAAUCCUACAAUGAUCCUUGCUGAAAACGGUACUUCAACAUCUCAAGACAUGAAUGAUCAAUGUUAUGGUCUGACAGGGAUGGACCAACCAGGCAACGUGAGUAUCGCUGACGGUGUGUGCGACACAGUACGAAUCUGGUACUACAGAGACUACAUAACCGAGCUCAAGAAGGCGAUAGACGAUGGCGCCCAGGUGAUCGGGUACUUUGCUUGGUCUCUGCUUGACAACUUCGAGUGGAGACUCGGCUACACUGCCCGUUUCGGUAUCGUCUAUGUGGACUACAAGACUCUGAAGAGGUACCCAAAGGACUCAGCGUUAUGGUUCAAGAACAUGCUCUCCGAGAAGAAAAGGAGCUAG